CUGUAGCAGUAGGGUCGUCGAGAGAACACGACACGGACGAGCGCGACGCCCGGGGGACCUCACAUCGAUAUAUCAUUGUACCGGCGGCACGGUCAGUAGCCAUCGCGAGUUGACGACGAGUGGUGCUCGUCGAAUCCCCGACUAUAGAUUUACAGGCAAUUUAUCAAACAUAGCGAUUGCCGACAAUAAUAAUUAUAUAUUAAUACUUCGCAUACACUAGAGCACCAAAUUUAAACCGACGAAAUACGUGAAUAUUUAAGUGUCCGAAGAACAGUGAAAGCGGUCCACACGGUGCGUACAACAGUCAUAUCGCGUUGUUCGUGAAUUUUUUUUUUAUAAUUUGAAAUUUUUACGUUUGGUCUUUCUGGAUUACCCUCGACCGUGCAGAGCGUAACACAGACAACGGUCGCGCGACCGCGACAAAGCGCUGAAGUUUUUUUUUGUUUUAAAGCGUCAUCUUAAGUCCUCGUCGAAACUUUCCUUCGUUCACCGUCCUGUGUUUUGUUUUUCGAGUCAACGACGGUUCCUGUCGUUUCGGAUUUCGUUCCUGUUUCACCGCGGCCACAGUGAAACGACCUGGCGACGACAACGGUGCCCGUUUAUCCCGGAUGACCGGCGACCACAGAAGACGUCUGUAACGCGCCGUCAACCCACAACACCCACCACCGCGGGUCAGGCCUCGAAUUGUCGCCAUGGUAAUAUUAUCGACAUGGAGUUUCAUCAGCAUCAUAGCGUUCGCGUCUCAAAUAUUUGCCAACACGUUACACGAGCAUAUGGACGUAGAUGGCCUGAGGACCUUAUUUCACGUGGAACACCAUUCAGAAGUUCCUGUUUACGAGGUGAUCAGUCUGCACUCGGUUGUCAAACGGAAUGCGGACGGAGCGCACAAGGUUCGACUGAAGGCGUUCGGAGAACAUCACGACUUGCAGUUAGAGCCGUCGGAUCGUCUUUUUACGGGCGACAAGUUGCGUGCCUGGACGGCACAUCANAAAGUUAUAUAUUUUCAAAAUUUGAGGUCUGGAUAA